AUGAGUUCUAAUGACUUUCAGAUCAGAUUAAUUAACAACGAAAAGGGCAAGGGUCUUGUUGCUAUUCGUCCAUUCAAAGAUGGGGAUACAAUUUUUGAAGAAAAACCUAUAAUUUGUUGCCAAUUUGCAUGGAAUUUAGAGUAUAGAUACUUAGCUUGUGACCAUUGUUUAAGACCUUUAGAAACUGCAGAAGAAAAUGUACGUAGAUUGACUGGAAAGUCCACCAUUAUUUUACCUCAUCCAGAAUGCUGCGAAACAAAAAAAGAUUUAAUUACAGAAUGUCCUGAAUGUGGCACAAAGUAUUGUAGUAUUGAAUGCCUAAAUGAAGCUUCUCUAAGGUAUCAUGGUAUACUGUGCUUACAUUCAAGAGAAAAGGAUGAGUCUCAUCCUUUGGUGCAAUUAAAUGAAAUGUGGAAGCAAAUGCAUUAUCCACCAGAAUCAGCAACAGUAAUGUUAUUAGUAAAAAUGGUAGCUCUAGUUAAUCAAGCCAAUAACAAAGAGGAUAUCCUUUCAACUUUCUCUCAGUUUUGUCACCGUACAGUUAAUGAUACAGAUGAGAUUGCACACAAAUUAUUGGGAGAAAAAUUUAUUGGUCAAAUUGAUAUGCUUAGGCGAAACAUACUGAAAGCUGUAAAUACAGAGUUUACGGAACAUUGGUUUACACCAGAAGGCUUUAAAAGUCUACUAGCUUUAGUAGGUACAAAUGGUCAAGGAAUUGGAACUAGUGCAUUUAGUCGUUGGGUGAAAAAUGUAUCUGCUCUAGAAUUGCCAAGAGAAGAAAGAAUUCAAGUAGACAAACUAAUAGAUCGAGUUUAUCACGAUAUGGAAGAGGCGGUUGAUUUUUUCUUAAACAAUGAAGGUUCUGGCCUUUAUGUUCUUCAGUCUGCAGUAAAUCACAGUUGUGUACCAAAUGCUGUUGUAGAAUUUCCUUACUCAAAUAAUGUAUUAGUUUUAAAAGCAAUACGUGACAUUCAUCCUGAAGAGGAAAUAUGUAUAAGUUACCUUGAUGAAUGUUGUCUAGAAAGAAGUAGACAUUCUCGACAAAAAGCUUUCAGUUCUUUAUAUUUGUUUCAUUGUUAUUGUAAUAAAUGUUUAUCGCAAGCUAACGAUCCAGAUGUAACAUCGGAAGAUGAAAUAGACGAUGAUAUGUCCAGCGGAGAAUAUUAA